UUUUAACUAGAACGCCUGAAACAGAACGGCCACAAAUUAGAACACGGAUUUUUUGUUUGUAUCGAGAUUUGGUUCUAGUUCUGCUACUUUAUAAUGUUCUUAUACAAAUACUGGCUAUUACUACUGCUGAUUUAGAAGCUCAGGCAAAAAGAAAAUGGCAGCUGGGAAACUAAAGUUGGUGAUUUUUCUGGGCACAACCAGAGAGGGAAGAUUGGGUGAGAGAGUGGCCAAGUUUGUACGGAAUUCACUCGAGAAGAAGGGAAAAUAUGAAAUCACCAUGAUGGAUCCGGCCGAAAUGGAGUUUUCCAUGUUAAAGAAGCCACUGCAUUUCUACAAGGACAGAAGCCAAGCUCCAAAGUGGCUUUCUGAGGCAAAUGAAAAGAUCUUAACAGCGGACGCAUUACUGUUGAUCUCAUGCGAGUACAACCACUGUAUUCCGCCCGCUCUCUCCAACAUGGUGGACCAUUUCCCUGGUAGCAGCUUCGCCUGGAAACCCAGUGGUCUCAUCACAUACUCCCCUGGUAUAUACGGGGGUAUGAGAGCAGCUAUGCAGCUUCGUGCCUUGACUGGGGAGCUCGGGUGUAUCAGCGUCUCCAAUAUAUUCGGCAUACCAGAGGUGCACAAGGCAAUAGAUGAAAAUGGCACUGCCCUCAAUAGCCACAUGGACUCCGGCCUGGAGAAAUUGAUGAAACAAUUAGACUGGACGGCCACCGCCUUCAAAAAUAUGCGUAGCACAAAUGGAGUUCCCUCAUAGAGGGGACCAGUCCAAUUUUAGAUGAAACCAGUCACAUUGCAUGAAAUCAGACUAGUCUUAGAUGAAACCAGUCCAGUGAAGAGACAUUUAGAGAACCAGUCUGCUUUAGAUGUAACAAUAAUCACCAGUGUGCUUAAUCUCGUGAAUGAACCACAAACAUAUUUGCAGUUUUUGAUUGAAGUGAACAAAUUAACAACAUAUUGUGUGAUCACUAAUGAAGAAAUGUUUAAAAAAUAUUCCAUAAACAUGAACAUUGAACCUCUCUCUAUUACUCAUCACAAUUUCUGUGUAAAAUGCUCAAUAGUAUAUAUAACUAUUACACUUGACCUUUUCAUAAAAUAUGUAUGUUUUGUUACUUUCUUGAAACUUUCUUGAACAAACUUGAUACUGGACAAAUGUAGAAUUUUAUCAAUAGAAAUGUGUUAAACACAAUUAGUUUAAAUCUUUAAUUAAAUCCAAUUAUUGACAAUUAACCUGUAAGGUUGUUAUGAACAACUUCCAAUGGGAUUAAUUGGCAUUUUUGUUUUGAAUAAUUGAGUUGAAAUGUAUUUCUAGAUGUUUAUAUUUAACGUCACAGGGCUCACAAUCCUAUUUCUGGAAUAAUCCUGAAUUUUAGAAUUCCUGAAGUUAUAAUUGUAGGUUAUAAUUUGGCAGACAUCACAGUUCUUCCAUUUUCAUAUUAGAUCUUGUAUUUUCAUUUCCGUGUACAUUUAUGUAUUUAUUGAUGAUUUGUAUUACACUCUUUCUAUACAAUCAAUGGUUUGUAAUAAAAAAUAGUAAUAUA